AUGAUAUCACAAUUGCCUGUGCGAGUGAGCAGUCCGCCUUCUGGUAUCCCGAUCAAUCAAGACUUCAUUGUUCAUAUCCAGCCUUUUGGGUCCGGAAGAACACCGCAUCAGCAAUGGACUCGAACAUCAUCUUACGCCGUUGAAGUCGCCCAGGCAAAUAUCACCCGAAACGCCUUUAAUCGACAUACUGUGGCUCUCGCCUCUUUCGAUGUCGGCUGCCCUGUGAAAGUCAAGGUGAACUACCUGGGCGGUGUUGUCCAAAAGGCAACGAUUCGACCAGCAUCACUCGGUAUCGCGACGAAAGUAAACGGAAAUGAGAUCACCUUCACGUUCGCAAAAGCCCAGGAUGCAAUGCUGGAAAUCAACGGUGACAAAUGGAAAGCCCUUCAUCUACUCAUAAACGAGAUGGACGUAGACGCACCAACGACAGACACUGACGACAUCUGGUUCUUCGGGCCUGGAAUCGACCAAGGAUCCGCGUACGACAACGUCACUGAUGGCGUCAACUUGAUGGUCCCAUCGGGUAAGACCGUCUACCUCGCCGCCGGUGCCUUCAUCACUUGCAGACUGAACUUCAUCAAUGUGUCCGACUGCGCGGUUCGAGGACACGGCUUCAUACUCGGGCCAGAAGGUGGCUACGUCCAUCGAGAACACGGCGGUGCAAUCCACAUGAGCCGCGCCAACAAGAUCCGUGUCGAGGGAGUCACGUCUGUUGGAGCAAAUGGAUUCAGUCUCUCAGCAGGCGAAUGCGACAACGUCCACGUCAACGGCUACCGGUCAUUUUCCUUCGCCGGCAACGGCGACGGAAUCGACUUCUUCUGCUCGUCAAAUAUACUGAUCGAGAACUGCUUCCUACGCAACUCGGACGACUGCAUUGCUCUUUACUCCCAUCGGUGGGACUGGUACGGAGACUCCAAGAACAUCACGAUCCGCAACUGCGUUUUGCUUCCGGAUAUCGCCCACGCCAUCAACAUGGGCACGCAUGGAAACCCCGCCAAACCCGAGACAACAAGUAAUAUCAGGAUCAGCAACAUCGACAUCUUGGAUCACGAGGAAAACCAGCUUUGGUAUCAGGGAUGCAUCGCUAUCAACGUCGCUGACGAGAACCUCUUCCAUGACGUUCAUGUGGAAGACGUGCGAGUUGAGCGGAUUACGCGGGGGCAGUUGCUCAAUAUUCGGGUCAUGCAGAACGCUAUGUGGACGUCGGCGCCUGGACGGGGCAUUCGUAACGUCACUUUCAAGAAUUUGUCGCUGGACAUGGGGGGCUCGGGGGUCGUGAAUCCUUCGCAGGUACUGGGCUAUGACCAAUGUCGUCGGAUAGAGAAUGUCAAGUUCGAAAACCUCACGGUCGGGGGCAAGGAUAUUCAUGAGGAGAUGGAGAAACCGAGGUGGUAUAUGGUUUCUGAUCUAGUUCCCAUGUUCGCAAAUGAGCAUGUGGAUGGCUUGCAGUUCCUCAAGUCAAGCUGA